GGGAAAAAAUCACCCAACCAAAAUUGAAGAACCAAAACACGGACCAGUCGACCAUGUAUGAAACAUGUGGAUGGUGUCCCCACCAAUCACAAACUUGUCUACUUUUUUUACCACCCAAUCAAACACAACUCUUCUCUUUCUUCUCCCCUUUUCUCAAGUUUCAACCUUUAUUUCUCUCACCAACAAGUAAUUGUUUUUAUUUUGCGUUGGGAUUCGUGAGAAAACAGAGGAGGAUAAGCUAAUCAUGGGUUCGAUCUCUCUGUCAAAUUCUCUGCCCAUACCGCGACUUCCACUACAUACAUCAUCACUCAAUCCAUGCCUUCCUUCAUCCUUCUCUCUUCCUUCUCGUCGCUCCACUUUUUCACCGCUAGUCUCGGCCUCUGCCGUCUUCGCAGCUCCUUCCGGCGUUAAUAACUCUGUUCCUGGUAAAAACGGGGGUUACACAGUUGGUGAUUUCAUGACAGGGAAACAGCAUCUUCAUGUUGUUAAGCCCUCAACAUCGGUUGAUGAUGCAUUGGAACUUCUGGUUGAGAAGAAAGUCACGGGCUUGCCUGUAAUUGAUGAUGAUUGGAAUCUGGUUGGCGUUGUUUCUGAUUACGACUUGCUUGCACUUGACUCCAUUUCUGGCCGGAGCAGCCAAAAUGAUACAAACAUGUUCCCUAACGUGGACAGUUCGUGGAAAACAUUUAACGAACUCCAGAAGCUGAUAAGCAAGACACAUGGGAAAGUAGUUGGAGAUUUGAUGACGCCUUCUCCUCUUGUUGUCCGUGGUUCUACCAAUUUAGAAGAUGCUGCCAGGUUGCUACUGGAAACAAAGUUCAGAAGGUUACCAGUCGUGAAUUCAGAUGGAAAACUGAUUGGGAUCCUAACAAGGGGGAACGUUGUAAGGGCUGCACUGCAGAUCAAGCGGGAAACCGAGAACUCAACCUAGCUAGCAGCUGGUAUAGAGCAGAGUUCUUAAACCUGCCAUAUAAUAGUUGAUAGCAAAUCUAUUUAUUCGAUUGAUAAAAGUAUAUAUAAUAUGUACCUAUCCCCCUCUCAUUUGUCUACCUUCACAAGCAAAUUUUUUUACCUUAGGAGUAACUAUUUGUCAAACUCAGAAUUCAAGACGAUUGGUAUCUCAUAUUAUUAUAUUUUUCGUGUA